UUAAAUAUAAUUGGAAGUUUGUUGGUUCAUAGUGAUUGGGUACAUCUUAGAAAUCAUUGGUCUGUAAAUAAAUUAUUUGUAUGUAAAUUCUUGACUCUAUAUUUAAUAGCGUUGUAAUUGCAAAUUAAUAAUGAAUAGGUGAUGUUGUUGCUGCUUUUGAGAAGCAUGUGGAGACCUAUGGAGGACUCGAUAUCUGUAUCAAUAGUGCUGGAAUUGUCAAUAUUGUUUCAUUUUAUCAAGACAAAACUGAUGGGAAUGGCACAUGGAGACGUACUGUCAAUGUUAACCUGACUGCACUUAUUGAUUGUACACGCAUUGGGAUUCAAACAAUGCUAUCUACAAAAAAGCCUGGUGUGAUAAUAAAUCUGGGCUCAGCCUCAGGUCUCUAUCCCUGGUAUGCUGACCCUAUUUAUUCUGCUACAAAAGGUGGUGUUGUCUUAUUCACUAGAUCACUUGCUCCAUUAAAACGUCGGGGAAUUCGCGUCAACGUGCUUUGCCCUGAGUUUGUUCAAACUGAGUUGGCUUCAAAGGUGGAUCCUAAACUAAUUAAUACACUUGGUGGCUUCCUCUCCAUGGGGAUGGUUGUGAAUGGUGCAUUUGAGCUUAUUAAAGAUGAGAGCAAGGCGGGUGCCUGUCUAUGGAUCACUAAACGUAGAGGUAUGGAGUAUUGGCCUACACCAACAGAAGAAAGAAAGUAUUUAUUGCAGCCAUAUAAGUCAAAAAGAAGUUUCGUGUACACUACGGGUUCUAAAAUUGAUGUACCUCAUACUUUUGAGAAAAUAGUUGUCCACACUCUGAGUCAUAAUUUCCGAAGUGCUACUGGCAUUGUUCGGACUGAGUUGAGUUUGCCCAUUAAACCACAGCAUGCUCUCGUGAAGGUCAUUUAUGCUGGUGUCAAUGCCAGUGAUGUGAAUUUUAGCUCGGGGCGUUAUUUUGGUGGCAAUAAUAAUGAAGUUGCUGCACGCCUUCCAUUUGAUGCUGGUUUUGAGGCUGUGGGCAUAGUUGCAGCUGUUGGUGAUUCAGUGCAUGUAAAAGUUGGCACUCCUGUUGCUCUUAUGACUUUUGGAAGUUACGCUGAGUUCACAAUGGUUCCUGCAAAACAUCUUCUUCCUGUACCUAGACCAGAUCCUGAGGUUGUGGCAAUGUUAACAUCAGGUUUGACAGCUUCAAUUGCUCUAGAAAAGGCAGGACAAAUGGAAUCUGAACAAGCAAUUUUAGUUACAGCAGCAGCUGGUGGGACCGGACAGUUUGCAGUUCAGUAUCAAGGAGAACGUGGAUGGAAACCAUUGCCAUAUACUGGGCUUUGUGAAAAGAUUCUUGCAAAAAGCCAAACAGUGGCUGGCUUUUUCCUGGUUCAAUAUGCUCAUUUGUGGCAAGAACAUCUCGACAGGCUCUUUGAUCUCUACUCCUCAGGAAAACUUAAG